ACGAAAUAAACUCGUGUCUCUCAGGAAGAUGAAAGCUAGCGUUUUCUUGCCAAUUACGGCUGUGGCCAUUUCGUUAUUGGUCAUCGCACAAGUGAACUCCGUUCCCCAACCUAAUUUCUAUGGUUCGAACAAUACGAACAAGUCUCAUGACUUGGUCAUCGGGUAUAGAAUGCCUGGCGACAGGCUUAUACUGAGACAAAGUAUCAUCAAGAACUCCUCGUGGGGCAGGAUAGUAACCGACGAAAAGACAUUCAACACAACAAGAUUCGAAAGGAUUACUCAAGUCCGAGCUCUUGAUCAGAAGACCAAUGGUAACGGGGCGUACGCGAGCAUCCUCUUUGGUGGCCCAGGAUGGAACAAUGUCACUAUCCGGUUCAAGAGCCAGAGGGGUCACGGAAUCAACUUCAUCGUCGAGGUCUACUCACGACCAUAAGUCGCCGUUCCACGAGAUA